CGUCACGCAGGACGCCGCGGCCCUGACGCUCCGCCUUUGCAUCCCCCACUGAACCCACCGCAGUAGCUGGCGUUACCCCUCAAAGGAGUCGCGAGCAGUUUCCCCUGAGGCCUGGGAUACCACACUCCUUGACCCACCUAGCCUGGCCUGGCGCUGUCCGCCGCGUCCGUGCCGUCGUCAUGGAUCUGAAUCUAAACCGAGCGGAUUAUUUGCAGGUGGGGGUGACCUCUCAGAAGACUAUGAAGCUACUUCCUGCCUCAAAGCAUAGAGCCACACAAAAGGUGGUUGUUGGAGAUCAUGAUGGCAUAGUUAUGUGCUUUGGCAUGAAGAAGGGAGAAGCAGUGACAGUGUUCAAGACUUUGCCUGGGCAGAAGAUUGCAAGAUUGGAACUAGGAGGGGUUCUUAAUACACCCCAGGAGAAAAUUUUUAUUGCUGCAGGAUCUGAAAUUAGAGGCUUCACAAAGAGAGGAAAACAGUUCCUCUCUUUUGAAACAAACCUCACUGAAAGCAUUAAAGCUAUGCACAUAUCCGGCUCAGACCUUUUUCUCAGUGCAAGUUACAUCUAUAACCAUUAUUGUGACUGCAAAGACCAACAUUAUUACCUUUCUGGGGACAAAAUCAAUGAUGUCAUCUGCCUUCCAGUGGAAAGACUACUUCGUGAAGUACCAGUGUUGGCCUGCCAGGACAGAGUACUCCGAGUUUUACAGGGAUCUGAUGUGACGUAUGAAAUUGAAGUUCCUGGCCCACCUACUGUUUUAGCCCUGCACAAUGGAAAUGGCGGUGACUCUGGAGAAGACCUUUUGUUUGGAACAUCAGAUGGAAAACUUGGGCUUAUUCAGAUCACUACAUCCAAACCAAUACACAAGUGGGAAAUUCGAAAUGAGAAAAAGAGGGGAGGUAUUUUGUGUGUUGACAGCUUUGACAUUGUGGGUGAUGGGGUUAAAGAUUUACUUGUUGGAAGAGAUGAUGGAAUGGUGGAAGUAUAUAGUUUUGAUAAUGCCAAUGAGCCUGUUCUACGAUUUGAUCAUAUGUUGUCUGAGAGUGUCACAUCAAUCCAGGGUGGCUGUGUAGGGAAAGACGGCUAUGAUGAAAUCGUGGUAUCCACAUACUCAGGCUGGGUUACAGGUCUGACAACAGAGCCUGUUCAUAAGGAAAGUGGACCAGGAGAAGAAAUAAAAUUUAAUCAGGAGAUGCAGAAUAAAAUUUCUUCUUUACGGAGUGAAUUGGAACAGCUGCAGUAUAAAGUGCUACAGGAGAGAGAGAAAUAUCAGCAGUCUUCUCAGUCAAGCAAAGCAAAAUCAGCAGUACCUUCAUUUAGUGUAAAUGACAAGUUUACAUUAAAUAAAGAUGAUGCCAGCUACAGCCUUAUAUUAGAGGUGCAGACAGCGAUAGAUAAUGUCUUAAUACAGAGUGAUGUUCCAAUAGAUUUACUUGAUGUGGAUAAAAAUUCUGCUGUUGUCAGCUUUAGCAGCUGUGAUUCUGAGUCAAAUGACAAUUUUCUCCUCGCCACUUACCGGUGCCAGGCAAAUACCACAAGACUAGAGCUCAAGAUUCGCUCAAUUGAAGGCCAGUAUGGCACACUUCAAGCAUAUGUGACUCCAAGAAUUCAACCCAAAACAUGUCAGGUCCGCCAGUACCAUAUCAAACCCCUUUCACUCCAUCAAAGAACUCACGUUAUUGAUCAUGACAGACCCAUGAAUACAUUGACUUUGACAGGUCAGUUCAGUUUUUCUGAACUUCACUCCUGGGUGGUUUUUUGCAUGCCUGAAGUUCCUGAAAAACCUCCAGCAGGAGAAUGUGUGACAUUUUAUUUUCAGAACACCUUCCUGGAUACACAGCUUGAAAGUACCUACAGAAAAGGCGAAGGAGUUUUUAAAUCUGACAACAUUUCUACUAUAUCCAUCCUAAAAGAUGUGCUCUCUAAAGAAGCUACAAAAAGGAAAAUUAACCUCAACAUAUCUUAUGAGAUAAAUGAAGUAUCAGUCAAACACACAUUAAAGUUAAUCCACCCAAAGCUGGAGUACCAGUUGCUUUUGGCUAAGAAAGUGCAGUUAAUUGAUGCUUUAAAAGAAUUGCAGGUUCAUGAGGGAAACACAAACUUUCUGAUACCAGAAUAUCGCUCUAUUCUAGAAGAGGCAGAUCACCUACAGGAAGAAUACAAAAAGCAACCUGCACAUCUUGAAAGACUCUAUGGCAUGAUCACUGAUCUUUUCAUAGAUAAGUUCAAGUUUAAAGGCACCAAUGUAAAAACCAAAGUGCCUCUUUUACUGGAAAUUCUGGACAGUUAUGACCAAAAUGCACUGAUUGCUUUCUUUGAUGCUGCAUGAAAUAUAAACAAGGAAUUGAGAUUGACUUAACAACUGAUUUUGCUGUUGCUUGGUAAUGUUUUGUGACUCAUACUCAGUUUGUUAAAUACUUGGGUUGGCUCAUUGCUUUAAAUUGUGGCCAGGGAAAUCAGACCUUGCACAGAUUGGGGGGAUUUUAACUUGAUGUGCUGUAACCAAUAGGGCUAUACAAAUGUACUACAUAUGAAUAGUACAGAAAUAGUGAUGGCUUCUUAGAUUUUCCUGCACUAAUAAAUACUAAUUUCCUUUUUUAUCAUAUGUGGAGGGAAAUAUAACUGUCAAUCUUAAUUCAUAUUUAUUCAUAUUCAGGUGAAUAUUAUACUUAAGAUUGUGCUUUUUAAAGUGGCAUAAGGAUUAUAAUAGAAAAACUAUUCUCUGUGUUUUCAAGAAGGGCACACUUAUUAAUUUGUUGGGAAACAACAAUGCUCAAUUAUAUACCAUUAUAUUUAUUAGUUAUGUGCAAGCCUUGUUAUAUAUUAAAUGUGAAAAUUUGUUAAAGGCACGUAUUUCUAUCAGUUUUAAUAAGGUCGUAUUUUUUUUUUACUAUAUUUAAACAACCUUCAUUUCUAAAUGGAACACAAUUAUAUCUAGGUCACUGGAAUUUCACUCCGUGCUUUUUGUUGGCUGCCAUAACUUGGGGGAAAAAGAUGAAGGUUAAUGGCUGACUAGUUGAAUUUCUUGUAUAUUAGUUUGUUACGUAUAUCAACAGUAAUUCAAGGUGGCAGUUUAAUUGCAUCUUCAUGAAGAAAAAUAAAAAGGAUAAGACUGUGAAGAAGCACGAAAAUGGUAAGAUGACACUAUCGUCAUCCACUUGAGUAUCAAUUGCAUAAGCAGCGUAUGAAAUGAUUUAUACACGUUAUUUAAUACUAAUGAUAACUUAUAACGCGUAGAUAUUAUCACCCCAGUUAACAGAUAGGAAAACUGAGAAUCAGAACAUUGAGUAACUUGAACAAGACCACCAGGCCAGUAUGGCCGGAUCCGAUUUUAGACCUUGAGAAACUUCAGUCAAGCUAACUGGAGGUCCUGUGGCUAAAGGCCGGGUGGUGAUGGUGUGGUCUUUAAGUGAUGUUUGACUCUGUGACCCCAUGGACUAACCCGUCAGACUCUAUGUACGGCCCACUAAUAAUCGCUAAAGUGUAACUCACUUUGUACUAGCGGCCGCCCCUACCCUAAGACAGGAACCGCUUAGCGGCGGUAUUUAAAGCCACCAUAAGCCUAGGCCCCGCC